AUGGAGGCUAUAUCCUCCCUCCUCGCCGAGGCGGAGGCGGCCUCACGGGUGGUCUACUGCCUCGUGGUGGAGGUGGUGGUGGUGGAGACCGCCCUCGUGGUGGAGGUGGUGGUGGAGACCGCACUGGGGGUGGCGGUGGGUGGAGGAGAUGGCGGGGGUGGGGACCAAACUGGGGGUGGCGGCGGGGGCGGCGGAGACUUAACUGGGGGAGGCGGUGGUGGAGACAUCACUGGGGGAGGAGGCGGUCGGGGAGACGGCGGGGGUGGAGACGUAACUGGGGGAGGCGGUGGUGGAGGAGAAGGCGGGGGUGGAGAUGUCACUGGGGGAGGAGGCUUAACUGGGGGUGGUGGCGGGGGUGGAGACUUAACUGGGGGAGGCGGCGGUGGAGGAGAAGGUGGGGGUGGAGAUGUAACUGGGGGAGGAGGCGGUUGGGGAGAUGGCGGGGGUGGAGACGUAACUGGGGGAGGCGGUGGUGGAGGAGAGGUGGGGGUGGAGAUAGCAUAG